CGCAGAUCAAGUGACAAAGACGGCGCCUUAACAAUUUCACGGUAUACAUCAACGAAACAAGAGACAUGCAUGGGUCUGUGAUGAAGUUGUGGAGGAGAACGCUUCUCCUUGCUUUCCUGCUUGCAAACUGUACAUCGAAGCAAGAAAGGUCGUCACAAACACAAGGACAAAAGCUCCGCUGUUACAAAUGUUAUUCACCAGAAUCAUGGAGUAACUGCCGAGAAAAUCUAACAGCAGUUGAGUGCACUCGCCAAGGAGACAUUUGUUAUAAGAUUAAGCGAACAAGGUGGGUUAGAUCCGAAACAGAAAAACUGGAAGUGAGUUACGCCAUGGGUUGCAAUGUUCCUGAAACAUGUUCAGGCGAGGAAUGCAAAGAACAAGAAUGGCACUGUGACCUCUCUUGUUGUAACACAGACUUCUGUAACGGAACUGUCCGAAUGCCAGGAACCUUGUUUUUUAUCAUCGCAUCCUUGCGUUUCUCAUUCGAAUUCAUAAUUUAUUUUUAGAUUGACAAUUUAAAAUUCAGUGUCUUGGGUAAACUGGUUUAAAACGGGUAUUAGAGCGUAUUUCGAUUGAAUAUCAUCAUAAGUCAUGAAAAUAUCAAAGAGAGCCGAUAAGAACUCAAGGCGAAACAGUCAAACCCUCCAAAGUGUUGGAAAAUGUGACUCCUGAUUUUUUUUACAUCUGAUUUGUGGUGGGAAGGGGUGCGCCAGUUUUCUGAACCGAUUUCUGAACGUAUGGUGCAAACACAAAGCAAUCACGGAUUGGUUUCAACCCUUGUUUCAAAAUUAAAGCGUUCAACCGUGAGACGCGAAAUACAAACUAAUCACGACUUGAUCAUGAACGCAUUCCGUGCUUAUCACGUGCUUAGUCACGUGCUUAGUCACGUCAUGUGUACUUUCCUUGAGGUUUUUUAAUUGCUUUACGCUUUUGUUAACCUACAACCGUUAUAGCGGAGCUCGCGGAGCGUAGCCCCAUUAUUAUACAAAAAAGUAGUAACCCAUCAAACCGAAAAAAUUAAGAUGUACGACUGUACGACCGUACGACCGACCGUACAAGGCGCUACUUUUUGCAUGCGCAGCCAACUGUACCACGGGCACUAUCUUAUAAUCAGUCCUCUACGCGGACACGGAGAAGUUGCGAAUGAAAAUACAUUAAUAUUACCCCGCACUUUAUCCAUAGUAGGGGCUUUAGUUUUGUUGAAGAGACGUGCGGGAAAAAAAGAUGCGAGCUCCGCUUAUAGGCUUGCCUAAAUCUAUAUAUUACCAUGUAAAUAAACAACUAUCAAAAAAUAGUUAGCCAUUCUUUUCAAAAGUUGGGAUUUUACUCGUGGCUAAGACUUCGAUCAAGAUUGGCUUUUUAGGCCCCAGAGGGGAUGGGACAGAGCGUUUAGUGCCGAUGGCAACCCUUCCAAGAAAAGAUUGUUUUCCUGCGAGCAAUCAGUGGACAGACUCCGGUGAAAAAGGCCGAGGAGGAACUGGAUUCGAGUGAAGCGAGCAGCGGGGAGUGGGGAGGGGUGUGGAGAAAAAAAGCAACGAAAGCAAAACCAUUUACGCCAAUUUCUCUGUUCAUUAAUGGGAAAGACUAAACUAUAAAUAUUAUGAAAAACGACUGAAAGCUGAUCUCGUGGAAAAUGACCGGCAAAGUUUAGAUUAACAUUACUCAAAGGCAUUGAGAACAAUCAAUCCUUAAUAAACCCAUUUUAGCAUGCAUUCGCUUGAUAACAAACAUGUUAGGUUUGUUUGAGCGAGUUUUUUUUUAGAGACGACAGUCAAUACUAAUGCAUGUCAUGUUAGGGAAGAUGCAAGAGAUUUUUCUCAUGGGUAAAAAGAAUGAAGGAAAUGAUAAAGAUAAUUUUAAGAUAACAGAACCCAGUUUGUAUUGGCUGAUAAAGAUGUACAAAUUCAUAACGACUACUAUCGCAUUUCUUAUCAGCCUGAAGUUUUUUAAUAGAAGAUGAUUCUGUACAUUAUCAUAAAUUUGCAAAAACAAUUUUUUUCGGAAAACAAGCACGCAAACCACUCGUUCCCUAAUGAGAAAUGCCAGUUUAUUAAAACAUAGAAAUUCACAUCUAUUAUAUU